AGAUCAUAGGCAUUAUGCAUAUAAUAGAUGAUAAAAUGCCAAAAAGGUUCUACACUGAUAGCCCAAGUCAUAAUGACAGCAUGUCUCUACUCUCUAUAGAGUCACUUUCUCCCAUUUGCAUUACAUACUAAAUAAAUCACAAUUCCACGCCACAAGAAAGACUUUAUUCUGAUCUUGUUCUUGUGUGAUGAGCAUGAAAAUGAGGAGGAGUGGAGGAUUCAUGUGCCACUCUGAGGUAUCAACAGCAGUGUGCAUGAGUUACCGUUCUGUGGUUGAACCAACAAGGAGGCAUAUCAGAAGCAUUUCCCUUGCUGACACAACAUGCCUCAUCAACUCCAAACUUGUUCAUCAACACAAUUCUCAUCAUCAACACAACAAUCAACCUCACAAGACUGCAACACAUGUCUUUCAGGUGGUAGUGAUGCGGGUUGCUAUCCAUUGUCAAGGAUGUGCUGGCAAAGUGAAAAAGCAUCUUUCAAAGAUAGAAGGAGUAACAUCAUUCAGUAUAGAUGUAGAGAGCAAAAGGGUGACAGUGAUGGGCUACAUUUCUCCAUUGGAAGUCCUUGAGAGCAUUUCAAAGGUGAAAAGAGCAGAGUUCUGGAAUUGUUAAAUGUUAAUUAGCACUGUGACAAGCACAUAGCAAAAAUUACUCUUUUAAUUAAUCUGCAUUGGUUCUGAUUGUGAUAUCUUCAUAGUCAAUUUGAUGAUAUUGAAUGUCACAUGUCAUAUAUAUUAUUUAAUUCGCUGAUUACUUUCAAGCAUAUAAUAUGUCAUCGUGAUUGACUUGCUGAUAAAAUUUGGAAAUUCAAUGUUCUUAUAGCCA